UAAAUCGCGUCGUUCGAGAAAAGGGGAAACCCAAUAGAAGCUGAACGAUCGAAAGCAUCAAUCGCCGGCACGAUGACAAUGGAAGAACGACCCAGCGGCAUCGAAGACGGCUCUCCGGUGAUCUCGACUGGCGCCCCGGUCAACUCGUCGACUCUCCUCCUCGCGAAGUCGAGCUCCAAACAGUAUGGGACAACCGACGCCUCGUACCCCCUCCAGCGCCCCGGCAAGCGGUCCUUCGACGUCGCCUUUCUAGUUGCGCCCGACGAGAAGUUGAUCAGCCGCCGGCAGAGCGAGAAGCUCGCCAGCUUGCAGCAGUACUGCGCUAGUCGACUCAUGACCGAUGCUAUCCGGUCGCACCAGCUGGUCUCGCGCGACGAACACAGCGAUGACUCCCGCGAGAGCGAGCUGAGCGACAGAGCGCCCCAGAAUCUCACGAUCAAGCACUUUGCGGACAGCGAGCAUCACCACCACCACCACCACCACAACGCCAAGUACGGCAAGACGGUCCAGAGUAGCCCCAGCCCACCCAGCGCCUUCCAGCGCCGCAAGCUCUUCGAGGACGGCGAAGCCAAGGGCACCUGUGACGGUAUCUCCUGCUCGGGUGAUUCUAGGAGCGCGUUUACCAAAGUUAGCCUGGCCACCCAGAGGAGCCCGAAUGGCAUCGGCUUCGACGAUGGAACGGCCUCGCCGAGAUCCUCCUCGUCGGUCUCACCCGACGUCAUAGCUUACCAGAACAGCCUCAGCCCGCCCAUCGGCCCUGCCAAUCCGGGAAACCACCUCAGAACUGCGGGUUGCUUUCCCAGCAAGAUCGCGACGGCCUAUCCCUUCCUGAUGUCCUCGUCCCCCGAGAGACAACAGCAGCCGCAGCAACAAUCGCCACCACCCAAGGUCUCCAGACCCGAGCUGCCGUCCGCGGUUUAUCCGAGCCUGCCCUACAACCCACUGUCCGUCUUCCCACCCAUCGGGGACGCCCUCGUCCGUCCCCGUCUCCUCGCUGCGGCGAGCUUGCUGCCCUCGUCCCUGGCGGCCCUCGCCCUCCCUGCCCAGAACGUCUGCGCCAAGUGCAACCUGUCCUUCCGCAUGACCUCGGACCUCGUCUACCACAUGCGCUCGCACCACAAGAGCGAGGGCCAGGGCGAGGCCGCGCGCCGGCGUCGCGAGGAGAAGCUGCGCUGCCCGGUCUGCGACGAGAGCUUCCGCGAGCGGCACCACCUCACCCGGCACAUGACCGCUCACCAGGACAAGGAGAGCGACGCGGUCCUCGAUCAGGCCGAGGUGGCCAAGAGGCGCGGCGCCGCAGCCGCCACCGCCGCCCUCGUGCACUCGGGCAAGUGA